AUGGGGGUGAGGAGGUUAGUGCGUGUGAUGGGGGUGAGGAGGUUAGUGCGGGUGAUGGGGGUGAGGAGGUUAGUGUGGGUGAUGGGGGUGAGGAGGUUAGUGUGGGUGAUGGGGGUGAGGAGGUUAGUGCGGGUGAUGGGGGUGAGGAGGUUAGUGUGGGUGAUGGGGGUGAGGAGGUUAGUGUGGGUGAUGGGGGUGAGGAGGUUAGUGCGGGUGAUGGGGGUGAGGAGGUUAGUGUGGGUGAUGGGGGUGAGGAGGUUAGUGCGGGUGAUGGGAGUGAGGAGGUUAGUGUGGGUGAUGGGGGUGAGGAGGUUAGUGCGGGUGAUGGGGGUGAGGAGGUUAGUGUGGGUGAUGGGGGUGAGGAGGUUAGUGCGGGUGAUGGGGGUGAGGAGGUUAGUGCGUGUGAUGGGGGUGAGGAGGUUAGUGCGGGUGAUGGGGGUGAGGAGGUUAGUGCGGGUGAUGGGGGUGAGGAGGUUAGUGUGGGUGAUGGGGGUGAGGAGGUUAGUGCGGGUGAUGGGGGUGAGGAGGUUAGUGUGGGUGAUGGGGGUGAGGAGGUUAGUGCGGGUGAUGGGGGUGAGGAGGUUAGUGUGGGUGAUGGGGGUGAGGAGGUUAGUGUGGGUGAUGGGGGUGAGGAGGUUAGUGUGGGUGAUGGGGGUGAGGAGGUUAGUGCGGGUGAUGGGGGUGAGGAGGUUAGUGUGGGUGAUGGGGGUGAGGAGGUUAGUGCGGGUGAUGGGGGUGAGGAGGUUAGUGCGGGUGAUGGGGGUGAGGAGGUUAGUGCGGGUGAUGGGGGUGAGGAGGUUAGUGUGGGUGAUGGGGGUGAGGGUUAGUGCGGGUGAUGGGGUGCGGGUGAUGGGGGUGAGGAGGUUAGUGUGGGUGAUGGGGGUGAGGAGGUUAGUGCGGGUGAUGGGGGUGAGGAGGUUAGUGCGGGUGAUGGGAGUGAGGAGGUUAGUGCGGGUGAUGGGGGUGAGGAGGUUAGUGCGGGUGAUGGGGGUGAGGAGGUUAGUGCAGGGUGAUGGGGUGCGGGUGAUGGGGGUGAGGAGGUUAGUGCGGGUGAUGGGGGUGAGGAGGUUAGUGCGGGUGAUGGGGGUGAGGGUUAGUGCGGGUGAUGGGGGUGAGGAGGUUAGUGCGGGUGAUGGGAGUGAGGAGGUUAGUGUGGGUGAUGGGGGUGAGGAGGUUAGUGCGGGUGGAUGGGGGUGA